UAUAAUUUGCAAUCAAUAACAUAUGGUAACAAAUAAAUUAAAAUUAUUAUGAAUUUCUUUUUAUAGGCAACAUUAUUAUGAAUACUUUAGCUGUCCAGUACAUAGCAAGGGCACAAUACAGUUUAUAUAUACUCCAUAGUAUUUUUUUGAACAGUAAUCCGUAUAAAUUAAUUUUGCUUAUGGUGUUUUUUUUUUUUUCCCAACACGGUAGAAAAACCCAGCUGUGCCAUGCUAUUGUAUGACAACUGUCAAAUUCUACAAAAAAAAAAAAAAAAAUAAAUAAAAAACAAAUAAAUAAAUAAAUAAAAAAUAAAAUGAAAAAGACAAAAAAACAAAAUAAAAAAUCAGACCGUAUAUAUACACCAUCACUCUCAUUAUCCACUCUUCUCGGAAUUCACCACACUCCUGCGCGGCCAUUUCCUCUCUCUCCUCCCCGCCGCCGCCGCUGCCUCUAUCACCACCACCACCACCACCACCACAACCACCUUCAUCAACACCCAUUAAACCCAUCAAAACCUUGAAUUUCAAGAACUUUCUUGAAAGAAAUGAAUUCCCCUGCAUCUCUUCCACCACUUACACCAACACCAUCCCAUCAUCAAACUACCCAUCUUCUUGAGAUCAACCUGAUCUCCGCCCAAAAUCUCAAACCCCCUUCCACCAAUCUCCGACGCCUUCAGACUUACGCCGUCGCAUAUAUUAACCCCUCUCGCAAACUCCGUUCUCGCGUCGAUCGUAUCGGCGGCGAAAACCCUUCUUGGAAUGACAAGUUCAUUUUUAGGGUUUCCGAUGAAUUUCUCUUCUCCGAUACUUCCUCCUUCACCGUCGAUAUCUUCGCCGUCGGUGUUCUCAAAGACGCGCUUCUCGGCUCCGUUAGGUUUCUCGUCAGUAAUUGUCUCUCUCUUCAUUCCGUCGGUGUUCCUUCUUUCGUCGCCGUCCAAAUCCGACGUUCUUCUGGAAGGUUCCAUGGGAUUCUCAACGUUGGAGCAAUGGUGAUUGAUGCGUCGUCGGAGUUAGGGUUUUCACUCGCCGGAAAAUCGGCGAUUGGUUACCGUGAUUUCAUGGGGGAAACUCAUCAUCGUCGCCGGAGAAAUCAUCACCGUCGUGGCGUUUCCGAUUUCAGUUCCGGCAGCGAGUCAUGCGGCGGUGACUCGGUUGAUUACUCCGAUGAGAGUGAGUCGACUGCAUCGAACUCAUCUUCGGCUUCAACUUCGAAUGUGUUGAAGGAGUUGAAUGGGAGGAGAGAAAUGGCGGGAAAAAGUAAGGGAGAAGGUGGUAUGAUCCUGUGUGGUUUAGGGUUUCAGAAGAAGAUACAUUUCAGUCCUUCUGAUCAAGAUAUCGAGGCUUUAGAUGCGUUGGAUCUCGAAACCGGUAGAUGAUGAUGAUGAUGAUGGACGGAUGAGAUUGAAUCAGAGGGUUAUGGUGGUAUAUCUAUCCUUGAUGAAUUACUGCUCAAAUAGGAUAUUAAGUUGCUUAAUCUUUUUAAUUAGAGUCCCAAAAUUGAAAUUUUAUGUUGUUAUUAAUAAAAAGUAGUCUCUUCACUUGUUGGUACUUCUUUAGCUUAAACUGAUUUCAUAGCCAUUGGAUAGAUGUAUCAUGUAUGUAUAUAAAUAUGUGAUUUUAAUCUUUUGAGAUGGUGAUAUAUCUCAAGCUAAUGUACUAAAUAUAUUUGUUGCUUGUUCAAUUGAAUUGCUCCUUGAAUUAGUCAA